AUGGCUUACCUGGCCCACACCGCACACUGGCAGUUCUUCGCUUUGGUGCUGGCAGUGAUUGGACUGAUCCUGACCAUCGCCACCAGCGGGGUGGAUGACUGGCGGGUGUGGUACGUGGACGACCUCUCCGCGGCCUCCGCCGGUACGGCCUGGAUGGGCGUCUGGAGGGCGUGUUUCUACAGCCACGUGCUGGACGAGGCUAAAUUCUGCCGCAGCAUGUGGAUGACGGAUUCCUUCCUUCCUCCGGAGAUCGUGGCCGCUCAGGUGCUGUGCUUGGUCGCCAUCGUUGUAGGAUUCGCCGCCAACCUGGUGGGCGGGUACGCCGUCAGACGGACCUACUUCAACGUCGGCGCGGGCCGCGUCACCCCGGUCUUCGUGUCCGCCGCCGUGUUGUAUUUCCUCGCGGCCGUGUGUUUGCUGGUUCCCGUGUUCUGGAACGUGAACUCCGUCCUGCAGAACCGGACCAUCGAUUUCCCGCCCGAGUUCUUCCUGCCGCCCGCGCCGUACAGACAGGAGCUGGGACUGGGCAUCGUGAUGGGCAUCGGAUCGUCCGUUAUGAUCCUCAUAAGUGGGCUGCUGUUCCUCCUGUACAGGCAACCACAGGAGGAUCAGAAACACAAAACCGAGGCUGAUGUGAGCGAGAACCCGGCGUACACCCAGGAGGAGCUGUAG